AUGGACUAUAAAAUCUUGGAAGAUGGAAAGUCUGUACUCUUGCCCGAACCACGACUCACAGACCUUCCAUCCGAGAUCCUGCAAUCAAUCUUCUGGUUCUCGUUAGAGCUGAACCUGUGCCAUGUAUCUAAGGAUAUGAGAAGGAAACUCCCAUCAUAUACUCGAACUACGCUAUUCUUGACCUUGGUUGCAUUUGGGCCAAGACGCCUGCAUGAUCGGAUUCUUAGAUCGCAGGGGACUGACUGUUCCGAUGUGAUCGGGCAGCUUGAUCUUCGUUUGCCCCUUUCACCUGAUGCGCAAUUGGAUUUGCAGAAACGAUUUUUCAAUAGUGGUUGGCUCAAUCUCAACGUUUGCAUGGCUGCCCUGCAGCAGUCAAGGGAACAUCAUAUCCAGGCCAGGUGGGUGGAAAAAGGGAAUUCAGUUGUGCCUGCGAGUCUACAGGCAUUUGAAGAACAUCACAGGCAUUCGAACGGUCGCCUCACGAUUCAUGGAACGGCCAGUAAAGGACAUAACAAACGGUUGAUAAUAGGGGAACUCCAUGUUGCAAUCGACAGUCACAUCUCCCAGCCACACGAGGACAACAUCUGCCGAUGGAGCUAUGAGUGCUUCAAUCUACUGGAUGUCCUCUACAUUCCAGACCGGUUACUGAGCGGUCCAUUACCUUGGCCGCAAGUACCCGGUGGCUAUCCUAUGUGCCGGCUCUACGACUACAGCAUACUACAUUCCAAACCAAGUUUGCUCAACCUUCUUUGGGCCGCUCAGCACGAGUGGGCAUGCAGACCUUUGACAGCUCAGCCGAGGCAUGUGGAAGCGCAGCCGAGUCUGGUGGAUUCUGCUGUUAUGGGUGCUAUCACGGAGGGCUACAUCCUAGCCUUAAAGAUGCUUCUAGACACAAGAUAUGCCAAAAAUGGGGCAUUAUAUUCGAUUACCCUGACGAGGCAAGAUUUCAUCCUUGCAGCUCAACGCCGGAAUACCCUUAUUAUUUUCGUUAUGUUGAUGACCGGUAGGGGCAUGAUCCCAAUCGACCACAAGGACGUGGCUCAAUGGAUAAGUAAAGUUCAUGAGGAUGCGAAUCCGCUGGGGGCUCAUGGCUGUCCGUGUCUGCUGGUCAAGUAUAUCAAGUACUUAAAGGAAAAGAAGGCCGUGCAAGGGACGACGGAACGAUUUUUUGCGUGGAAGCAUGAUCGCGAGAAUUGGAGUCCAAGUCACGACCCACGAGUUGCCAGCGAACUCGCAAAAGAUACAGCGGAGGAAGCUGUGGAAGGCGACUCGGUGGCAAAAAAUUCUGCAAAUAACGAUGGAGUGGACCUGGCACGCUUAGGUGGUCAACUCAGAGAGGUUUGCGGACUCUGGAGGCCGUAG